GAGGCCGUGGAGUACUGGAGUUCUCACUAUCCAACCAAAAGCUGGUUAGAGAAAUCUUUGUGCAGCGACUGCUCAAAGCAGUCUCUGUGGAUUGUAGCGUGACCAAAACCACUGAGGAUGUCUAGAUUGCUCAGUGCCCUGAUUGUCCUGAUUUCUUUGUGCCGUCAUAGCCCAGGUGUGUCUGCAGCACGGCCAGGGAAGGGCAGACAUCAGUCCAGAACCCUGUAUGAAGAAUCUCCUGGUUUCGUUGUUCCAGAGGACGAUCAUGGGGGUGACAGACAGGCAGGACACAACAGUCCUGCAGCAGCCAUCGACCCAGAACAGGAAUUUCUGGCCGAUUUUGAAGGUAAGAAGCGUUUGUGGGUGAUCACGGCCCCCUCUCACAGUGACAACUACCUCCGUAUGAUGGAGAAACAGAUCCAGGACAUGGAGCAAGAGGGACUGAACUGCCGCCUGGCUGAAAGAGAUACCUUUAUCGUCACAAUCAUCCAGAACGCCAUGAUGGAAGGAAGGAUCCGGAAGACUACCUUCCAGGGAGACGCCAGUGUUGAGAGUAUCGAUCCAGACAUAGUCACCAAGCUAUUGCAUUAUUUGGAGCUGGGGGACCAAGGAUUCUCCAUGCUGGUCAUGAAGAAGAACCUGCGGGUAAGUGAAAGUUUCCCCUACCCGGUCCGUGUGGAGGCUGUCUUAGAGGUCAUUGAUCAGUUCCCCAUGCGCAAGCUGGAAAAACUCACCAGGAAGGGCUCCUCUAUGAAAUGUAAAAUGACCAAGAAGAGGAUGGUGAAGAAAAAGAUUCCUGUGAAAAAGUUCAGUCCCCACCUGCAAGGAAACAAUAGCGCAGUCAUCCAGAAGAAGCCUAUAGACAAGAAGGCUGCACUAAAGAACAAAAUUCAGGACAUCCUCAGUGGUUUCUCUAGGUUUGUCAUUAGAAAGACGCCCACUGACUCAAAAUCAAUCACAGGGAAGGAAAAUAUCAAAACUGUGGGAGAGGACAGACAAAACAACAAAGGAAAUGUUGCAACACAAAACAAAAUUGUUGCCAACUCAGGUGAUAAAAAAAGAGAGUAUGUUGGUGUGGUCGAGGAAUCCUUGGAGAAAAACAAAUCCAAAAGAAAAGGAAAAGGAAAGAAAGAUGGGAAGAAGAAAAGUAAAGGAAGAGGGAAGAAAUCCCACAGAGAGGUGAAUGAGAGUGACAAGAAUGCACUGACGGACUUUGUAAAGCAACUGAAAGGGGACAGAAGACUUAUGGUGAUAGCUUCGCCUAGCUACAGCACGCCUCAGUAUGUCCGACAGAGGGAGGAGAACCAGUUGCAUUUCUGCGACCUUACCCUCAGGAAAAUUACUAUGGCAACCAUCCUGAGCUCAGGGCCUGGGGCUACCCUCACCCUGCACCACUACCAGCAUGAUUCUGAGCCUCCACUCACCUCACUCCCAGAGACGUUCACUGACCCAGAUCUCAUCUCUCAACUGAUUAAGGAGUAUGGCAUUGUGUCCUCCAAAGAUUUCUCCAUGACUGUGACUGACUAUGAUCUGAAGCCCACGAAAGUAUUUGAUGAACCUCCCCCCUCAUCUGCACUGAUGGAAUAUGUUGACACCUUUCCAUCGCGACAAUUUGAAAUGGAGAGGGAGAGAAAACGUCCGGUAGCUUGUUUCACAUCCCAUCAACAGGGUGGAGCACUGCUGAGGUUCAUGUCUAAAAGAAGACUGCUGAUCAUCUCUACUCCAUCCAGUGAUGACUACUCCUUCCAACAGCAGCUCCAGGGGCUGAGAGGACACGCCUGUCCAAUGGGAAUUCGUCAUUUUGCCUUGUUGAAAUUGAUUGGAACAGGACCAACAGCCUCUGGCUCUGUGGAGCUGUUUCCACUUAAUGGGAAGAGCCAAGCGGAAAAUGAGCCUUUGUCACAGGACGUGGUAAACAGUCUCCGGGACCAGUUGAAGAUCAAUCGGGAGUACUUCAGUAUGCUUGUAGUGGGGAAGGAUGGGGACGUGAAAGCCUGGUUCCCCUCGCCUCUAUGGUCACUGGCCAAUAUUUAUGACCUGGUGGACUCCAUGGAGCUGCGGCAGCAAGAAGAGAAAAUGCAGAAGACUUUGGGUAUUCAGUGUCCUGAGGACACUGGCAUUAGUUACCAAGGUUAUGUGGAGGAAGCAGACGAUAGCUACCUUUAGCCCAGAUCAGUGGAUUAAAAGAGAGAAAACAGUCCAAAUAUCCAAAGACACCAUGGCAGCAAGCAAAUAAAUGUUAAAUGGUUAUAGCUAAAAGUGUGAUGUGAAAAAAUAUAAAACCAUGAUCAUAUAAAGCUUUUCAUUUGAAAUGUCUUAUCAAACCAUAUGCAUUUAUCAGAGGCAUGGCAUUUUGAUAUGGCAGAGA